AUGGACGUAGUUGAAUGCACCGGAUGUAACAGGUUCGAGCGGAAGCCGAUAACAGAGCCAACUAAAGCAUGUAAGCAAACUUAUGAUAAUACAACUUUCAUUCAACCAAGGUUGAUCAUAUUCGUCAUGAGUCCUUCAUAUGACAAAGUGUCCAGGGAUGCUGUCAGAGAAACGUGGGGCGAUACCCCGGAACAAAAUUCAGGUAAUUUCCGAGUGGUGUUUGUUGUUGGUCGAAUUAAAUCAUCCGAUCUUUUUGAAGAAGCAAUUAAGGAAGGCGAUAUACUUCAACUAAAUGUUCCCGAUAUCCAAAACGCCAUGACGGAGAAGGUGGCGCUAUGUUUACAAUGGUUUGUAUCACGAUGUCCCAAUGUAGAAUAUGUGUUGAAAACAAAACUCGAAGUGUUUGUAAAUGUACCUUAUAUUUUCCGAAUCCUCAUGAAAUAUGAAUUACAAGAUAGUAUAGCGGGACAUUGUUCUCACAAUCUCGAAAGUACUGGUCGAGCAAGGAAUGAUAAAAAGAACAAAUAUCUGAAGGAGAUUUCAGGUUCUCACAUCCCGCCAUAUUGUAGUGGGAAUGGAUAUCUGCUCGGUAGAAGUGCAAUUAUCAAACUUACACGUGUGUUUGAGGACACGCCGUAUGUGCCUAUGGAUGAUAUAUAUAUGGGAUUCUGUGCAUAUAAAACAAAUGUCGAAAUAACGGACGUGCCAGGGUUCGAUGUUCACUAUAAAGGGUAUGACGGCUUUCAGUUCUGUCACUGUGUGGGCACUGUACCGAAGACUGACGCAGGGAGACAGCGGGAGAUUUAUGUCCAACAGCUCAAAGACUGCAAAAAUAGCUGGUCCCGUGGAGUGGAUGAUCUCAAUAUGUGUUUCAUUGAUUUUAAUGAUGUGGUGAUGCCCAUUAUUAUAGUGGUUUUAUCUCUGUUUUUAAUUUUGCUAUUUUCAAUACUUCGUAGAAAAUUAAAUUGA